AAAAACGUUGUCGUUUGGCCUUUUUUGGCUUUUCUCUUUGAUGGUGAACAACCGAAUCGAGUUACAAAUUGAAUAUUUCAUUAGUUAACGGUCUUCAACUGACAAACGGCGUCGUCUAUUGUCGUUGCGGAUUACGGAAGCGAAGCUGCAAGUGAAAGGAUAAAAACAAAAAACUGAACUACGAUUGCCUAUUUUCUUCUCUUCGGUCUCACCGUGCAGUGUAUUGUAUUGAUUUCUCACCGCAACUUCCACUAUCAUAGUCACCGUUAAUUCGCUUUCCUGCUACUGUUUGUUCUAGGUACAAAAUAGUUUUCCUGUAGCAAUGAGUAUAAGAUGGCCAAGGCUUCUAACACCCACACAUCUCUCUCAGAUCAUAAGGAAACAAAAGAAUCCAUUAUCAGCUCUACAGAUUUUUAAGGAAGCCAAAAACAAAUACCCCAACUAUCGUCAUAAUGGUCCAGUGUAUGCCACCAUGAUUGGUAUCCUUGGCAGCUCAGGCCAAAUUGUUGAGAUGAAGGAGGUAAUUAAUCAGAUGCGAGAGGAUUCCUGUGAGUGCAAGGAUUCAGUCUUUGCGACUGCAAUCAAGACCUAUGCAUCCGCUGGCCUUCUAAAUGAAGCCAUCACUCUCUUCAAAAACAUUCCCCAUUUCAAUUGUGUGAAUUGGACUGAAUCUUUUAACACCCUCUUACAAAUAAUGGUAAAAGAAUCCAAGCUUGAUGCAGCUCACCAUCUUUUCUUAGAGCACUCAUAUGGGUGGGAAGUAAAAUCUCGUGUCCGUUCCUUGAACAUGCUUAUGGAUGUUCUUUGUCAACAUAACCGCUCUGAUCUUGCAUUGCAAGUCUUCCAAGAGAUGGAUUAUCAGGGUUGCUACCCUGAUAGGGAUAGUUAUCGAAUUCUUAUGAAGGGUUUGUGUAACGAUAGAAGGCUGAAUGAAGCUACCCAUUUGUUGUACUCAAUGUUUUGGAGGAUUUCUCAGAAGGGAAGUGGUGAGGAUAUUGUAAUAUAUAGAAUCCUUUUGGAUUCCUUAUGUGAUAAUGGACAGGUUGAACAAGCUCUCGAAAUUCUCAGCAAGAUCUUAAGGAAGGGGCUGAAGGCUCCUAAACGAUGUCGUCACCACCUGGAUAUCAGUCAAUGCAAUAGUGGUGAAGAUAUAGAAAAAGCUAAGCAUUUGAUCAAUGAAGCUCUAGUCAGAGGUGCAGUUCCUAAUUUGUGUAGUUAUACUGCUAUGGCUAUCGAUCUUUACAAUGAAGGUAAUAUUAGUCAAGCGAAUAAAGUGGUUGAUGAAACACGGGAUAGAGGCUUUAGGCCAUCACUUUUAACUUAUGAAGCAAAGGUGGCAGCAUUUUGUAAGGAAGGUAGAGUUCAUGAAGCAGUUGAUGUAAUUGAGGUGGAGAUGGUGGAGGCAAAUUGUGUUCCAAAUGUCAGAUUGUAUAAUAUCUUAUUGGAAGGCUUAUGUAAUGCAGGGAAGUCAAGAACAGCUGUUGGGUAUUUGAAGAAAAUGGCAAAGCAAGUGGGUUGUGUCGCCAAUGAGGAAACUUAUUGCAUUUUAGUGCAUGGGCGGUGCCAAGACGGUCGAUUUAUUGAAGCAAGUAGCCUUUUGGAGGAGAUGUUAAUUAAAUCAUAUCGGCCUCCUGUUAACAUUUUCAAUAUGCUUAUAUCAGGCCUUUGCUCCAUGGGAAGGCAAUAUGAAGCUACUAUGUGGUUAGAAGAGAUCAUUAGUCUGGGCAAGUCACCAGAACUUUCUGUAUGGAACUCCCUGGUAGCUUUGGCAUGUUGCAAUUUAUCUGACAUUGAUAUUUCAUUGACAGACAUUUAAACAGCUUGGUAAUUGUGCAUAGCUUGCAGUUGUUCUCGUAUGAGUUUGUUGUAUUAAGUGUCCAUGCUGAUAUAUACAAAUUCUUCUUAGGUAAUCGUCCAUUUUUCUCAUAGAGAUGAUAAAAUAAUCUGUACAUUAUGUUAUGAAAAGUUAAAUUUUUGAUUUCUAUAUCUAUAAAAGCUCCAGUCACAAUACUUUUGGCUUA